AUGAAAUUUAAUAGUAAAAAUUCAUUAUUGUGUAUUGGAAGUGAUAAAAAAAUAAAGAUUUAUGCUUUUCACAAAGGAUUACUAUAUAAGAUUGGUGAAUUAUAUCACAGCAAUUAAGAAUUGACAUAUUUAAACUGCAAUAAAGACAAAAUUUUAAUAUCAGGUUGUAAUCAAAUGAUUAAAAUAAGAUCUUUUAUUGGUAUAAACAAUUCAAAAGUUUAAAGGAAAAUUUAAGUAGAUUAAAACAGUUUUAGUUUUUUUGCAAUAAGUGAAAAAAAUAAUUUAUUAGUUGCUGGACUUUAAAAAUAUAUUUAUUUUUGGGAAGAAAAUGGUUGAUGUGUAUAAAAAUUAGAUUUAUAACUAAUUGAUGGAUUUGAUUGGGUUUACAGUUUAAGUUUUAAUGAGUCUUAAAAUAAAAUAAUUUCUUACAAUGGAGACCAUAACAUAAAUAUAAUUUAAUAACAAAAUAAUUAAAAAUUUUAAUGGAAAAUUGUUUAAGUAAUUCAUAUGGAUAACUUUGGAUCCUAAGCAAUCUUUUUUGGUGAUGAUUCUUUUGUUAUUCACCCUUCGAUUAGCAGAACUAUGUUUUUUUAUAAAUUUAAUUAAUAAAAUGAUUAAUUUGAGAAGGUUACUAUUGUAAUUCUUUUAUUUCAUAAUAUAUAAAGUAGAAGAAAUUGAUUAUAAAAAAAGAUAAAAAUGA